UCACUGACAUGUAGCGAAAUGCGAAAACAAAUAUUAUGAAAAAGAAAUGAAAACAAAAAGUAGCGAAGACAUUUGCAUCUUCUAAGUUUAAUGUAAAUUAUUACUGAUAUAAUUAUAAUAUUGAAUGAGUAAAAUUUUGCAAACGGUAACUUCAUUUUUUUCCUUACGUAAUUUUCUCUCUGUAUUAACUCCAUUUGGAUUAAAUAUGGUGCGUUAUUUUCCAAACCCUUACGAUGAUUACAAGCCUGGAGAAGUACCGCUUCACAAAGAUGAAAUAAUUAGUCAAAUCAAUGAUAUUCUUAGUAAUAUUACGAAAAGAUUACAACCGACCCAUAAAAAUGUUGAAGGCGGAUUAUACGUCGGAGUAACCGGUGUAUCGUUUAUGUUUUAUUAUUUGUCAAAGAAUCCUUUACUAUCUGAAAAAAGGAGCAGCUAUUUAGAGAAAGCACUAGAAUAUCUCGCCCCUGCAUUGGAAACAUCAGCGGGUGAUAAAACCUCAUUUCUUCUUGGCGAUGCUGGUACAUACGCUCUUGCGACGGCUUUAAAGAAAGAAAUAGGAGAUAAAAAAUUCGUCGAAUAUGUAAAAGCUUAUAAGUCCCUUUAUAAUUAUUAUUUAAACCCUAAAUUUCUUAAAUGCGGGGGUGAUGAAUUUUUCGUCGGUCGAGCUGGAUAUUUAGCUGGAGCGCUGUGGAUAAGUCGAGAGAUACAAACACAGAUUUUCUCAAAUGAGGAGUUGUAUAAAAUCUGCGAUAUGAUAUAUAUAUCUGGACGAGAAUAUUCUAAGAAACACAGGAGUCCAUGUCCAUUGAUGUACCACUAUUAUAAUACUGAGUAUUUAGGUGCUGCACAUGGAAUAAGUUUUAUUUUGCAGAUUCUUUUGUCUGUGCCUGGUUACUUGGACUUCAAUACAUCAGCUGCUCAGGAUGUAAAAGAAACAGUUCACUUCAUGUGUUCUUUACAAACUGAUGGAGGUAACUGGCCUUGCUGUAUGGAAGAAAUUGGUUUAUCUGAUCAUAAGCUCAUUCAUUGGUGCCAUGGAGCACCUGGUACUAUUUAUUUAAUGGCAAAGGCUUAUUUAGUAUUCAAAGAUCAAAAGUUCCUUAACGCUUGUGUUAAGGCCGGAGAUGCCAUUUGGCAGAAGGGCUUGCUUCGUAAGGGACCGGGAAUAUGUCACGGUGUGGCUGGCAAUGGCUAUGUAUUUCUUCUUCUAUACAGAUUGACUGGAGAAGAUAAAUAUCUUCAUAGAGCUAUUCGGUUUGUUGAUUUUAUGAACACUGAUGAAUUUAUGAGGGAUGCAAGGCUCCCAGAUAAUCCUGAAAGUUUGUAUGAAGGUACUGCCGGAACUGCAUGCUUUUUAGCUGAUGUUUUAGUACCUGAAAUGGCUGAAUUUCCCUUCCAAGAUGUUUUCUCAACAUAUGUUUAUUAAAAAAUUGUGUUAUAAAUAAAGAACAUUAUGU